ACACCGAGUGUUCUACUUGAGUCCCGUGACGUCACGCGUACCAAAAAUGCCAUUUAACCGCAUUGUCGCGAAAGUGGACGAGGACAAAACUAUUGUGACUUGUCGUGCAAGCACUCGGAAUAGUUUUAUUCUUGCUUUUUUCUUUUGCGCUUCAGAAGAGAAGCCUCUCGACGCACGCGCAGUAACGUAGGGGCCAGCUAAGAGAACAAGCGAAGAAGAAAAGUUAAGGAGCGCAACAGGAAGUUUGACAACAAUUCCAAAGACGCAAAAAAACAGGGGUUGUAUCCUUGGUGAUGACCUGUGAAAAAAAGCGCAGUGGCUUCCAAAUCACCAGUGUGACAUCCGAUUUAAGUCAAAGCUGGGCCGGCCAAUUGGCUCCCGGCGUGAUCCUGACCGUUGUCCAAGCGUCGUCCGCCUCCCAUAGUCCGCGGGGCAGCUCUUCCCAGCCCACGACACCCUCCCUGAAGAGGAAACAUAUAUCCCAUGAUGCAUUAGGGCAAGGGGCAAGCGCCUCCUCCAGGUUCCGACUGGUCCGCUUAGCAGGAGGCGGCACGGGCGGGAGAGGACAUGGCGACACGUAUGGGCGUGGCCGCUGGAUGUGCACAGACUUUACUGAAGGGCUGAAGCGGGUAAUGGACAGCAUGAGACACGCCCAAUCACUGGAGUCGCUGGAGUCAAUUAGAGGAGCAGUCCAUUCACCAUCUCAGCCAAUCAGAGAUGGUGAAACGGUGGGGAAACUAGUGCCUUCCCCACCUUCUCCAUUACACUUGGCCUCUAAUGUCGGAGGGCAGUCCGUCCUCAGACUCUCUCGCUCUCAGCCAAGCUCGCCACCUCCCACUCUGACCCUCAUCCCGACUCCGGCCACGUUCAGCCUGGACAAUAGCGCUGCCUUCAGCCUGCCGACAGACAUCAGUGUGGUUGCCAUCGACAACAAGAUAGAACAGGCCAUGGACCUGGUGAAGAGUCAUCUAAUGCUAGCCGUACGAGAAGAGGUGGAGCUUCUGAGGGAGCAAAUCAGGGAGCUGCAAGAGCGGAACCAGCAACUGGAGGCCGAGAACCGGGUCCUGCGCGCUCAGGCACACUCGGACCCAAGGCCUCCCUCGCCUGGUCCUGUACCGACGAGCCAACGGGACAACAGUCCGACGCAGGGGGGAGUGUGAGCGUUGCCACGGCAACAGCACGUUUCACUUUUUUGCUGAAUAAACUUCAGUCCAUUUUAUAGUACGCUUAAAUAUCCAGUGCCUAACAACCAUCCAUCCAUUUUCUGUACCGUAUUGGGAAAAAACAACUUCCAUUAUCAUCUUGAAGUGUACCAUUUUUGUCAAAUAGACUAACCCAUGGAUCCAUUUUUCUUAGGCCAUCCAUGCACCCAUCCAUUUUGUACACUGGCAAGGGCACACCCUGGACUGGUCACUACCAAUUGUAGGUGUUACAUUGACACACACACACACACACAGCCCAGACAAAACCCUCACAAACACAGGAAAACAUUUACACUCAGGAAGGCUGUAGCAGAGAUUUUAUUGCCAAACCUCCGAACUGUGAGGAAGACAUGCUAACCACUAUCCACGGUACCGCCCAUUAAAUAAUCAUAGAUAGUUGAUGAGACAUCUGAUCGCCCUGUGUGAUUGAAAGGUGAUCAAUGCAGGAUGUCGUGAUCUUAAAAUAAAUGUCUGCGCAAUAAU